CCCCAACGGAGCUCGCACCCUAGCUCUGCCACCACUGCCGCCUCCUCGGCCCCGGACCGCCGAGGGUUAACCAGAAAGCCCCACGCCCCCUUUGACGGCGCAGAGCCCACCUCGCCGAAUUUGAAAAGGCGGCCCCGGAGAGGCGUGGGCGCCCCCCACACUCUUCCAGCUUGCACCCGGGCUCCGAUUGCUCGCCUGGCUCCUCUCGCUCCGCUCCCGGCCGGGGCCGCGGGUUCGGUCUGGGCGCCGGUGCGCUCCUGCCGGUCCUGGUGCCCGGGACUCCGAGUCCCCGCGGGCGGCCGCGCACCAUGAAGCUGGCCCUACUCCUGCCCUGGGCGUGCUGCUGCCUCUGCGGGUCGGCGCUGGCCACCGGCUUCCUCUACCCCUUCCCGGCCGCAGCCCUGCAGCAGCACGGCUACCCCGAGCCGGGCGCAGGCUCCCCCGGCAGCGGCUACGCGAGCCGCCGGCACUGGUGCCAUCACACGGUGACAAGGACGGUGUCCUGCCAGGUGCAGAAUGGCUCGGAGACGGUGGUCCAGCGCGUGUACCAGAGCUGCCGGUGGCCGGGGCCCUGCGCCAACCUCGUGAGUUACAGGACUCUGAUCAGACCUACCUACAGAGUGUCCUACCGAACGGUGACCGCGCUGGAGUGGAGGUGCUGCCCUGGCUUCACUGGGAGCAACUGUGAUGAGGAAUGCAUGAACUGUACCCGGCUCAGUGACAUGAGUGAGCGGCUCACCACACUGGAGGCCAAGGUCCUCCUGCUAGAAGCAGCAGAGCGGCCCUCGAGCCCGGACAACGACCUGCCGGCCCCCCAGACCACCCCACCGCCUUGGAACGAGGACUUCCUCCCUGACGCCAUCCCUCUCGCUCACCCGGGGCCACGACAGAGAAGGCCCACGGGCCCAGCUGGCCCCCCGGGGCAGACAGGACCACCUGGGCCUGCAGGCCCCCCGGGCUCCAAAGGUGACCGAGGCCAGACAGGAGAGAAGGGCCCAGCAGGGCCUCCUGGGCUCUUGGGGCCUCCAGGGCCCCGUGGGCUUCCUGGAGAGAUGGGGCGCCCUGGCCCCCCAGGACCACCUGGCCCAGCAGGCAGCCUGGGCCCCUCACCAAACAGCAGCCCCCAGGGCGCCCUCUACUCCCUGCAGCCACCUACAGACAAAGACAAUGGAGACUCAAGGCUGGCCUCUGCCAUCGUGGACACAGUGCUGGCAGGCAUCCCAGGACCCCGGGGUCCCCCUGGCCCACCAGGUCCUCCUGGGCCACGAGGUCCCCCAGGACCACCUGGAUCCCAGGGUCUGGCUGGAGAGCGAGGCACGGUGGGGCCAUCCGGUGAACCUGGCAUGAAGGGGGAAGAAGGAGAGAAAGCCCCCACUGUGGAGAGUGAGGGGGUCAAGCAGCUGAGAGAGGCCUUGAAGAUCCUGGCAGAGCGAGUCCUCAUCCUGGAGCACAUGAUUGGGGUCCAUGAUCCCCUGGCCUCCCCAGAGGGAGGAUCUGGCCAGGAUGCCGCCCUGAGAGCCAACCUCAAAAUGAAGAGGGGUGGCCCCCAGCCCGACGGGGUCCUUGCUGCCCUGCUUGGACCCGACCCUGCACAGAAGAGCGCGGACCGCGCCAGCAGCAGGAAGUGAGAGCCCACUGCUCCAAGACACCUUGUCCUGUAGAGACCCAGCCCAGAGGCCUGAGCGGCUGCUGGUCCCUGAAGACACUCCCGGGGGACUGGGCUCCAGGCAUGGAUGACUGUGAGGGCCUGGGGGACUUUGGGGACAGAUAAUGCCUCCAGGGGCAGGGUCUGGAGGGGGCAGCACCCUCAUCAGGGGGCUGACCCUUCUCUGGCUUGUCCCCUCGUCCCCUCCCCAACCCCCCCACUCCCGGCUGGAGACGGGUCUGGAUGGGCUGGCUGCUGGGAAUGAGAAUAACCCUAAUACCUAUCAUUUAUUGGGUCCCUGCCACAACUGGCCCUGUCCAGGGAACUUUCCUUAUGUUGUCUCAUUAUUUAACCCUUAGGAGGUAAGCUUAUUAUCCCCACUUCAUAAGGGGACUGAGGCUCGGAUGGUAGAAAUAACCCUUCCUCGGCCACCAGAUCACGGGUGGCAGGGGCCGGAUUUGAACCCAGGCCCCUCAGUUCCUGAAGCCGUGUUAUCUUGACCCUGCCAGCUUCCCCUCUUCAUGAGAAAACUCAGACAGGGAAAGUGCGGGGCCAGGAUGGUUCCCUGAGGCAGGCAGGGCUGCAGGAGGCUGGGCCAGCCAGCCCAGGGGGACAGGCAGGGUCCUGCAGGGCCUCGGGCUUCCCUUCCUCAACCCCCUUCCCCACUGGCUGGGGGAUGGCCUGGCCUGCAGCUGCUCUCAGAGGCCCGGGAGACCCUGAAUAAGCCACUGCCAACCACGAGGACUUGAGGACCAUGAGAGAGCAGCACUCGGGGUCAAGGGCCCCCCACACCAGAUCAGCACCACCCGCCAAUUCCCCCCAGAUCUUGCUGAGCCCACCGGCCCUCUCUGGGUCCAUCCCAUCCCUGAGCCAGAGGAAGCAGCAUUUCAUGAGCAUGUCUAUCAGAGGUGGAACUUGCAACCUCUGCCCCACCCCCCAAGUCCGUCUCUCAGGGGACUCUGUAGGUUUGCUACUUUUGUAUGGCACAGCAAGGUCAGUGUCCCCUUUGCAAACUGCAGAGAGGGAAAGAGUCCCAGGCCUGCUGGGAAGAGAUGCUUCUGCCUCCCCACCUUCCAGAGCUGGGGGCCUGGCAGGCUCCAUGGCAGGCACCAGGUCCCUGGCAGCCCAGAGCAGCUGACUGGAGCCCUCAAGGCCUCUGGAGCCAGAGUCUCUGGGAUCACCUCAGCCCUGGUGCUCCUCUCUUGCUGGGCUGGGACCCGGGACACAGCCACGACAGCAACUCAGAGAACUGAAGGUGCUGGCACCACCCUGGGGCGCUCUGUCUUCACAGCAGGAGUGACUGUCUCCAGCGCUCUUGCUGCUCCUGUUCGGCUAUGGUCUAGUCCUUCUGGGCCCUGGGAUCUUCUUCUGGCCCUUGAGGCAGGUCUGGGUGAGGCGGUCUCUGUCUUCAUGGAGGGGUGGUCAGAGGCGGGCGGGACCACCAGCCUGUAGCGUUGUUAAUAUAUAUGACAAUAAAGGUGCUCUCCCCACUGUGA